GUUAUCAUUGAGCUCCAGUGUGGGCGGCAGAGUACGAAGCGAGGAGGGACACUGAAGAUUUUUUUUCCCCCCUUCGUGAUUGUGAGUGAGAAUAGUGAGGCGGAAGAAACAGCGAUAACACGAGCCCGAAUUCCAAAGACUAAGUGAUAUCAUGAUACGAACGCUCUCCUCUGCUUCAUCCCUGGACGAGAUCAGUGUCAGUUAUGACGUUCCUGUGGUGGAUCCCACGUCAGUGCCAAAGGUGUUGUACGGCCACAGGACCUCGCUGGACUCUCUUUGCGACCCGGAAUGGAGCCAGGAGUCUCGGGUGCUCGUUCUGUACACGGGAGGCACCAUUGGUAUGGUCCGGAACGACAGAGGCAAGCUGGCCCCGAUUCCCCGCGAGUUGGAGACCAAUAUCCGACGUUAUCCACACAUGCAUGACGAUGCCUACGCCACUAAGAGGUUCGGGUGCAAUGGGAACACGCCCUUGGUUCUGCCAGAAUGCAAAGAGAAACGUCGGGUGGCUUACUGGGUCUAUGAAUAUGAACCGCUGCUCGACUCCUCGAACAUGACGAUGGACGACUGGAUCCGAAUCGCCAAAGAUAUAAGGGGUGUAUACGAGAUGUUCGACGGCUUCGUUGUGCUUCACGGGACAGACACCCUCGCCUACACAGCCUCGGCUCUGUCCUUCAUGCUGGAAAAUCUGGGAAAGCCUGUUGUCAUCACAGGCUCACAGAUCCCCAUCUUCGAGACGAGAAGUGACGGUCGAGACAACUUCAUCGGCUCCGUGAUCAUGGCCGGCAGCUACCACAUCCCCGAAGUUACGGUUUUCUUCAACAACAAGCUGUACCGAGGGAAUAGGACGACGAAGGUGUCCACGGGCAGACUGCAGGCGUUCGAUUCCCCUAAUAUGGCUCCGCUGGCUAUUGCUGGUAUUUCUAUUCAAGUUGACUACCGUUCGAUUUUCCGGCCGACCCGCCUGGAGAAAUUCAUCGUGUUCGACCGUCUCAACCGCCACGUCGGGCUGCUGCGUAUCUUCCCGUCCAUUUCUGCGGAGACGGUGAAACAGUUCCUCCAGCCGCCGAUAUCCGGAGCCAUAAUACAGACAUACGGAGCGGGGAACAUGCCAUCGAACCGGACAGAUAUUAUGGAGGUACUGAGGGAUGCAACAAAACGAGGCGUGAUUCUCGUCAACACCACCCAGUGUAUGCAUGGAGCCGUUGAAACAAUCUAUGAAACGGGGGAGGCCCUCGUGAGCGCCGGAGUGAUCGCGGGUCUGGAUAUGACCCCCGAGGCCGCCCUGACCAAACUCAGCUACGUGUUGGCGAAGUCGGACUGGGACUACGAUACCAAAAAGAGGAUGAUGAUGAGGAAUCUCCGCGGGGAAAUGACCGUGGUUGGCCAGGAGGACGAGGGCGACAACCAGGAGCUUGACGUGGUGGCGGCCAUCUCGCGCGCCCUCCAGCUCUCGUCCAGCGAUGACGUGGAGCGCAUUCGGGACCUGCUCGUGCCCACGCUCUUCUUCACGGCCGUGUCCAACUGCGACAUCAAGAGGCUCGACGAAAUCUUCUCCAAUGGAGCAGAGGUUAAUCUUCUGGAUGUCUCUGGGUGGAGUGCCCUGCAUAUGGCCGCCUGCGAUGGAACGGCAGAAGUGGUGACUUGGCUGUUGCAACACGGGGCUUCUGUGCACGUGAGGGACAAGCAGGGACAGACGCCGUUGAAAGUGGCUGUGGAAAACGAUCACCAUAAGGUGGUGGAGCUUCUGGUGAAGACAGGAGCCCAUCUGACGGAGUCUCCGCUGCGCCUAGGGGAGGUCCUGGUCUCGGCCGCUGCGGCUGACAACGUGGAGCGCCUCAAGUCCUACCACAUCGCGGGCGCCGACCUCUCCUGUGCAGAUCCUUGUGGUCGAACUGCGCUCCAUGCGGCAUGUACAGUGGGAUCCGAAGAGUGCGUCAAGUUCCUCCUGGAGGCGGGCGUCCCUACGAACACCCGUGACCGCACUGACCUGACCCCGGUCAUGUGCGCACAGGUCAAUAACCACGACCACCUGGCGCGACUGAUUGACGAACAGGAGGAGUAACGUCCAAUUAGGGAUGUUUUGUGUACAUCGUAACUUUUUACUUAUUUCUGCUCAUCAUGACACGCGUCUUCCGUUACGGUUGUAAAUAGGUAUUAUUUGGUUGUUUAUGAAAACACUGUUUAUAGACAACUGCUGAAGGUUGAAUGCUAUUUUUUUUGUAUUUUGUUUCAUUAUCUAUUGGUCAUAUUUUUCUUUAUUGUAUUUUGAUAUAUAUUUUUAUACAAGAGUACUUUUGUUUUGUAAAUUUCCACUGUAACUUCCUUUUUUAAAAUUCAGAUAGGAAAUUCUGCGAUAUUAGAUUAUGUUUGCCAUUACAUUUUUUGUAAUUAAAGAUCUUAAAGAUUUCUUUAAGUUCUCUUUUUUUUUACGAAAUUGUGUAUAUUUUUUCUAAAACAUUGUACCUAUUCGUCUAUUUGGUUUGUAUACAACUAGCAAGACUCACAUACCAGGGCUAUUUGAAUUUCUAUUUGCUAUCAAUAUCCGUGCAUAAUCACUCACGACACAAAACAAGGCUUGAAUCACUAGUGUUAGAAAAGGUCAAAGGUACGUUUAAAGAAUGGAAUUAAGAUUUGUUUUUUACUAAAGACAUACGGCUUAAGAAUGAGCUAAUAAUACUUUAAAAUCCUAGUAAUUAUUCCUCAGCAUGGCCAUAGAAAAUCUGUAUAAUUUCCCAUGCACAUAAUACCACUCGGAGAUAAUUCCUUUAUAAAAUCAAUUAUUUUUUUCAAUAUCAGAGAAUAACCUUAAAAUAAAGCAAAUUCGCAAAGAAAGUAAACAGCGAAUUUCGAUUCAUGAUGUUAUUCUACUAAAAAUCAUACACGAUAGCAUUACAGGUAUGUUUAUAAUUGUAUUAUAGCAAUAAAUAUAGCAAUUGAGAAAAAAAUACACUCAGUAAGGUUAUCACUGAAUGCAUAAUAUAUGUCUAAUGAUGAAUAACUUUAAUUUUGAAUUGUUAUUUUUUUCGCUGGUAUAAUAUUAGCAAUUCAGAUGAAGUUACAUCUUAAACUCGGUAAAGUUAUAGCUUUUUUCCUUUCAUCUAUCACAAUAAAAGUUCACUAUCGCUGAAGAUACACAUCUAUUUCCAUGAAUUCAAAGCAUAAUAAGCACGUAAAGAGGCACAUUAUUAACAUAAAUGUAGUCGCUGUUACAUUUUCCUGUGAUAUAGAUAAUAUAUGUUUAAUCAGCCUUGUCCACACACUAUAUAUAUAUUUUUUUUUUCACGAGCCGUUUUAUUUUUGAGUUGUGACUUACAGAUCACAGGGAGGUAGAAAAGGAAAAAAAAUGUAUCUUAUUGACAAGUAGAUACGAUGUUUUGUUACCUUCAAAUGACAUUUCCAUGCAAAUACAUACACACACAGAUAGUGAGACAAAUAUAGGUGUGGAUACGUGAAAACAUGAAUAAUGUUUAUACAUACAAACAUACAUUCAUAGAUAAAAUGAAUCAGUGCAUAGAUACAUACAUACAUACAUUGAUAAAUGAACAGACAAAUAAAAUUAUGGCUAAAUGUGUACCUUCCUUAAUGAUUUGGUAGUGAGUGUUGGCUCUUAUUUUUUUUUCUUUUUUAGGAAGUGAUUUUUCUUUAAAUAUAAAACUCGGUGAAAUGGGAUUACUGAAGGAUGAAUCACAAAUGUGAAAAAAACUUCUACGUUACAUUUUAUUCAGUAUAAUUUUUCACAUUAUUUCCUCUUGUAUUGCAUCAGGAGUACAGUUGGUCAUAAAUUACAAUAGGUUUUCAUUUUUCUUUUUUUUUCCUGCUCUGUGAAAUGUGGGAACUUGUGUAUGUCAGCAGAAUAGACACUUGUAAAUAAAAAUGUUAAUCCUUGAUAA